AACUUCACUGCUGUAACAGAAAGGAUAUUUGAAGCCACUGCGCUCUCUGGUCUAUUCUCAAUCAGACGGGCAGUCGGUGGGGGCACGUCUGAUUAGAAAUCUACUUUUUAGGGACUCAAUUGACACAUUAAAGGAUUACUACGCAAGUGACCAAAUAAGGGAACGUGGAGCCUACUCUACACUUUGACCAAUAAUUAUUUAUUAUACGAGGUUCCAUACUUUGGAUGAAAAACCUGUCAUCGCAAGGAAAAACGUUGGAUACACAAGACGCUGCCACACAGCGGGAAUAAGGACAAAAGCAUCUGUACCAACAACACAGGCGGUGUUGCCGCCACACUUCAAAGCGAAAUAACCUGUUAAAUGUGUCAAUGACUUUCAUACAUAUUCUGCUUUGGCUAAGUGAACAGGCAUCCUGAGCAAGAACCAACGAAAACUAAUUUGAACUAUUAUACAUACAUAGCUAAUUUGUAACUGUUUAAGUUAAAGACUCCCUUGAACCACUACGCUAUUUAUUUUAUAAAGGAAGAAUAACUUUUGCCUGAAGCUCUCCAACCUCUGGGUUCCUCUACGCCGCAUGUGUUUUUGCUGAGUUUACUGCACAUUUCGUGUUUCUUGACAAGCAAAGCACUACACACGAAGCUGGAGUUACCAUACCAUUGUUCUGUUUUGAAGAGCGGACCCCUUUGUCUUCCACGGCCAAGAUGAGUGUGAACAUCUCCUCGCCCGCCCCGGCGCCUACUCGUCCCCUGCGGCUGAAGCGGCUGGAGCUGGACGACCCUCAGGAUGACACGGAAGCCCUGAAAUGCAAGCGUCCUCGACUGAGCCUUCCACCCUCGUCCCCUGGCCUGGCCCCCUGCCUAAGGCCCCUGAGCCACAGCCCAGACUCAGACCAGCACUGUGUGUCCUGCAUUGGGCCCUACGUCCUGCUAGAACCCACAGAGGGGACAGAGACCUACAGGGCCUUCCACAGGGUUACGGAGCAGGAGUACACCUGCAAGGUGUUCUCUAUGAGGCGGUACCAGGAGUUCACCGCCCCCUACGUCCGCCUGCUGCCCCACGACAACAUUUGCCGCAUCGCCGAGGUGAUAACAGGCGAGCACAGCGUCUUUGUCUUCUUUCAGCGCAACUACGGCGACAUGCACUCGUACGUGCGCACAUGCAAGCGGCUCCAGGAGGAGGAGGCGAUGCUUCUCUUCCGCCAGAUGGCGGUGGCGGUGGCACACUGUCACGAGCAUGGGGUGGUCCUGCGUGACCUCAAGCUGCGCAAGUUUGUCUUCGUAGACCAGCAGAGGACCAAACUUGUUCUUCAGAACCUGGAAGACUCCUGUCUGCUCCACGGGGACGACGAUUCUCUUACGGACAAGCACGGCUGCCCGGCCUACGUAGGCCCAGAGAUCCUCAACUCGCACCACUCGUACUCAGGGAAGGCUGCUGAUGUCUGGAGCCUGGGCGUGGUGCUGUACACCAUGCUGGUGGGUCGCUACCCGUUCCAGGAUGUGGAACCUGCCGCUCUCUUUAGUAAGAUCCGCCGGGGGACCUUCACAGUGCCAGAGUCGCUCUCGGUGCGGGCUAAGUCGCUGGUGUGCUGCAUGCUGCGUAAAGCACCCUUGGAGAGACUGGAGGCCUCAGAAUUGCUGCUCCACCCGUGGCUGAACUGUUCCAAUAACACAACACCUCCCAACAUGCACCUCAACCCCAGGAACUGCACUGACCAAGUGGUCCCCAACUACACAGAAGAUACUAAGGACACAGGCUGUUUCUAGAAUAAAAAUAAAAAUGUCCUCUGUCCCAGUGAUGCAAGUAGAGCAGUAUCAUCUCCAUAGAGGGACUACUGGUAAUGCAGGGUUUUUUCCUACCUACCUGACACUUAAGAAACAUAACAUAGUCAUAUGGCAUUACAUAUUUCCAAAGUAAACCUCUUAUGCUAAUGUCUAACUGCAGUUUGGUAUCAAAGCAGUCAAAGCUUUGUUAAUCUGUUGUUAGACAUUAGCAUGUAUAGAUGUUGAAGUUGUGCUUUUGAAGAAGUUGUGAACGUGUUAUGCAGGGCCCUUAAUCCAAAUUGUUACCAAAUGUAUUAUAUAGUUCGGUGUCAUGAAGCAUGUAUUUGUUUAGGUAGUAACAUUGUGGUUACGCAAAGCACUAACUACUAACUACUGGAUCUCCUGGCAACGUGUAACAGACGCCUCCUUCGAGUUAGAUGUAUAUCUGCUUGUCAAGGGUCCAAUGCAGUUAUUUCCACACUGCAGUGUAACCUCAAGAAAAGCGCUUUUCAAAAGCUACCCGACUAUUGUGCUUUAACCAAUGGACAUUGUUUUGUUGACUCAAUGGGAAUAACAGGUGAAAACAGUCCUCGGGAUCCCUUGCCCCAUAUAGAAGCAGACUGUCUAGCAGUAUUCCCUUUUUGCUGGAAGCAGUAAUUUGACCCAUUUUUGAUUGUGAGCAACUCUGUUGGGAACACUAAAUUGAAGAUGUAUACUGAACAAAAAUGUAAACACAACAAUUUCAAAGAUUUUACUGAGUUACAGUUCAUAGAAGGAAAUCAGUCAACUGAAAUAAUUUAAUUUGUCUCUAAUCUAUGGAUUUCACAUGACUGGGCAGGGGCGCAGGAGGAGCCCACUGCGGAGCCAGGCCCAGCCAAUCAGAAUGAGGUUUUCUCCACAAAGGAGCUUAAUUACAGACAGAAAUAGUCCUCAGCACCCCCUCUCCCCUCAGACGAUUCCGCAGGUGAAGAAGCCGGAUGUGGCAGGCGUUUUAUGAUAGAGAAAUGAACAUUUUAUCUCUGGCAACAGCUCUGUUGGACAUUUCUGCAGUCCGCAUACAAAUUGUACAUCUGUGGCGUUGUGUGACAAAACUACAUUUUAUUGUUCUUAGCAGCAGGUGCACCUGUGUUAUCAUCAUGCUGUUUAAUCAGUUUCUUGAUAUGACACAAAGGAGAAAUGCUCACCAACAGGAAUGUAAACAAAUUUGUGCACAAGAUUUGAGAAAAGCAUUUUGUCUUAUGGAAAAUGUCUGGGAUCUUUUAUUUCAACUCAUGAACUGUAACCUUUAUUUAACUAGGCAAGUCAAUUAAGAACAAAUUGUUAUUUACAAUGACAGCCGACCCCGGCCAAAUCAGGACGAUGCUGGGCCAAUUGUGCACAUGAAACAUGUGAUCUUCUUUACAUGUUGUGUUUUUAUUUUUGUUCAGUAUAUAGCUGACAGGACUGAUACCUGAUGCCUCUGAACUUGACAAAAUCCUAGAAUACUUGAAGCACGUUUUGUGCCUUUGUUUGUGUGUACUGUUGUUUACAUAUUUGAGUGACAAAUCUGGAUCGUUUCAACCAUUAAAGUGCCUUGUUUUCAUAACCACAAUUUAGACCCCCUCCCCUCUCUUAUAUCCCUAUCAGAAGUUCACCAAGCUUUUCUUUACCAAAGAAUUAAGCUACCCUCAUUUAUUAUGUAUGGUGUGAUGAUCCAGGUUUAGUGAACUGUGAUUCAGUGAUAGUUCAGCGUGAUGUCCUAGAUCCCAAGACAAGUGUAGUCAUCAUGACCUCAAGCGUGAGUUAAUGUCUAUAGUAUAUAGUGCAGUGGGUUAGAUCCUGAAGGAUACAGUGCUGUAGUGUACUUUAAACACCCAUAUAAUGGUGAGACUGUUUAGUAUCUGUUGAACUGAACAAGGGCAUCACGGUGUUAGUCGUGAUGCCUGCAUGCAGUUCGCUAACCCUAAAUAGAUCUCAGAUCCUACUUCACUAUGCCAUAGAUCUUGUGAGACUUUAAAUACUUUUAAAUAUAUAUUUAUAUGAUGCAAAAGAAUGUACACUACAUUUGUUUUUCUUAGGUUGGAGGGUUGGUGGAUGUAAUUAUGUAAAAGUAUUGUCAUUUUCCAGUAAAAAUAAAUCCUUCAAACGGUU